UGUGUGUGUUAAAAUUCAUACAAAACUCUCCCUUUUCUGUAGUAUUAUUCCAAACCUUUUCAUUCUCAUCUCUAAGCUUCAUGAGAAUCUUCCAUUCUUGAAUUUCCCCCACGUUUCUUGAGCUUUCAAUCAUGGCGGAGAGAAUCAGUUUCCUUGGGUUGUUCUUGGGUGUUCUGUGUUUUUUAUCAGUAUGUUUUGCCGCCGACAAGAUUCAACAAGGCCAGUGGAUCAAAGACGACGGAGAGAACAUAGUUUCUGCAAAUGAAAAAUUUGUGUUGGGAUUCUUUAGUCCCGAGGGAACAAGUAACAGGUACGUAGGAAUAUGGUAUAAUGAAAUUAUUCCACAAUCAGUAGUUUGGGUUGCUAAUAGGGAGAGGCCCAUUUUGGAUAAAAAUGGAGCCUUUGGGAUAACAGGAAAUGGAACUUUUGUGGUUUUAGAUGGCAAAAAUGUGUCAAUCUGGAACACAAACAGCUCUGUUACUUCAAGCAAUGCAACCAUGGUGUUAAGGAACACCAGUGAGCUUAUUAUUCUCAAAACCGAUGGGUGGAGGCCUAAUAAUACUAUAUGGCAAAGUUUCCACCAACCCACAGACACAUUCUUGCCGGGCAUGAGGGUUGAUCUCUCUGCCGGAGAAAGCAAGCUCUUCACUUCUUGGACUAAUUCCGGCAACCCUUCUCCGGGGAGGUUCUCCAUGGGAAUAGACCCGAGAGCAUCGCCCCAGAUCGUGAUAUGGGAAGGGGAAAAGCGGUAUUGGAGAAGUGGCCAUUGGGAUGGGCGUGUGUUCUUAGGUGUACCAAUGAGGACAGAUUUUGUAUAUGGCUUUGAUUUGAUCACUGAAAAUGAUAACCUGUACUUAGAAUACAAGUCCAGUUCAUCGGAUUUAAUAAUGUUCAAAGUUGAUUGGAAUGGGAAAGAAGUGCAACAAAGGUGGAACGAAAGCAGGAAGCAAUGGAUCAAGAUCCAAGAACAGCCUGCAGAUCAGUGUGGGGUUUACAAUCAUUGCGGUCAAUUUGCAAGAUGUGAUAAUUCAUCAAGCAAUGGUAUAAAUUGCGUCUGCAUAGUUGGAUUCAACCCGAGUGAUUGGAACCAAUGGAACGCGAGAAACUGGACAGGAGGGUGUACCAGGAGGACUCCAUUGCAGUGCCAGAAGAACAACACAGAGGGUGGUGGUGCUGAAAAAGAUGGGUUCCGUGAGGUUAAACACAUCAAAUUGCCUGAUUUCGCUGAUAUUGAUAGAAACAUGAGAAGUCCAGAGGAUUGUAAAAAGAAGUGUGAAGAGGACUGCUCUUGCAAUGCAUACGCCCCGCCUGUUCCUGGUGGGAUCUCCUGCAUGUUAUGGAGGAAUGAAUUGGUUGAUAUGAUGCAAUUAGAUGAAGGCAGUGGGAGUACUCUUUUCGUUCGUCUUCAUUCUUCCGAAUUAGAUAAUAAGAGCAGCAAAACCACAAUUAUUGUUGCAGUAUCUGUUGUGGCAGCAGUUGCAGUCCUUGUUAUUGUAUCCAUUUGGCUACUAUGUAGCCGCAGAGCAAGAAUCCGAGCAGCCAAGAAAAGAGAUGAAAUUCCCCGGACAGAGCUACCUACCAGUGGGGAAUUCUCUUCAGAUUUUUCAGCCCAGUGUGACCUUACCGUGGAAGGGAAGGCAGGAGCUUCAUCAGAUCUGGUGUUCUUCAGCUUCAGCAGCAUUGCAGCAGCUACUGAUAGCUUUUCACUCGCAAACAAGCUCGGACAAGGAGGAUUUGGCCACGUUUAUAAGGGAGUCCUACCAUGUGGUCAAGAAAUAGCAGUAAAAAGACUUUCAAGAAGGUCUGGACAAGGUGUGCAGGAGUUUACUAAUGAACUCACAGUGAUCGCGAAAUUACAACACAGAAAUCUUGUUAGACUAUUGGGGUGCUGCAUUGAAGGAGAUGAAAAAAUGUUGCUUUAUGAGUACAUGCCAAACAAGAGCUUAGACUCUUUUGUGUUUGAUCCUGCAAAGCGAAGCGAGCUAAACUGGAGAAAACGCUUUCAUAUCAUAGAAGAGAUUGCCCGGGGGCUGCUUUACCUCCACCGCGAUUCCAGACUCAGGAUAAUUCAUAGAGACUUGAAAGCUAGCAACAUUUUGCUAGACGGCGAGAUGAACCCCAAGAUUUCAGACUUCGGCAUGGCUAGAAUAUUUGGAGGGAACCAAAACGAAGCAAAUACAAACAGGGUUGUUGGUACAUAUGGUUAUAUGGCUCCCGAAUAUGCAAUGGAAGGACUAUUUUCAGUCAAAUCAGAUGUCUACAGCUUCGGUGUCUUGCUACUGGAGAUCGUUAGCGGGCGAAGGAAUACAAGCUUUCGCACAGACGACCACUCAGGCAUUAUAGAAUAUGCAUGGGAACAAUGGGAUGAAGGCAAACCAAUGAACCUAUUGGACCCUUCCAUUUUCAGUUCAUGUGUACCGCAAGAAGUGUUGAGAUGCAUACAGUUAGGGCUGCUUUGCGUGCAAGACUUGGCAGUUCACAGGCCAAACAUGUCGGCGGUUGUGUUGUUUCUAGAGACGGAUAAUGUAACGUUGCCGGUGCCAAGACCGCCUACCUAUACCGCUUCCAUGAGAAGAUCAGUUGAUGUUGAUUCAUGGAACCAGAACAACGAACUUCCAAGCUCCAAUAGCAUUACUAUGAGUGUAAUAGUUGGUAGAUAAUAUUUAAUUUUGUAGUGUACUUGGUACAUAUAGUUGCUCUUAUUUCUUUCCCCUUAUCAAUUUUUUUUUGGAAGGGAUAUAAUUGUACUUAUAAUCGAAUUAUACUUCAAAUCCCACAGUAUAUAUAGUCAUUAUAUAUAUAUA